GCGACCAGCCGGAGGAGAAAGAACAUGGCGGGCGCAGCGGGGCCCGGGACCGGCCCGGGGGCAGCGGGAGGAGAUGGAGACGAUUCGCUAUACCCGAUCGCGGUUUUAAUCGACGAGCUCCGCAACGAGGAUGUGCAGCUCCGCCUUAACAGUAUUAAGAAGUUAUCCACAAUCGCUCUAGCACUUGGGGUGGAAAGGACGCGAACAGAACUGCUGCCGUUCCUUACAGAUACAAUUUACGACGAAGAUGAGGUACUGUUAGCUCUUGCUGAACAACUGGGAAAUUUCACUGGUCUGGUGGGAGGUCCUGACUUUGCCCACUGUCUGCUGCCUCCUUUGGAAAGUCUGGCGACUGUAGAAGAGACGGUGGUUCGAGACAAGGCCGUGGAGUCGCUGCGGCAGAUCUCCCAGGAACACACUCCUGUGGCCCUGGAAGUGCACUUUGUCCCUCUGGUGAAGCGCCUGGCGAGCGGGGACUGGUUCACUUCUCGCACAUCUGCGUGUGGCUUGUUCAGCGUUUGCUAUCCCAGGGCUUCAGAUGCCAUCAGAGCAGAAAUUAGACAGCACUUCCGUUCGUUGUGCUCAGAUGACACUCCCAUGGUACGACGGGCUGCUGCUUCCAAACUGGGUGAAUUUGCAAAAGUUCUGGAAUUAGACAGUGUGAAAAGUGAAAUUGUUCCGUUGUUCACUAACCUAGCUUCAGACGAGCAGGAUUCCGUGCGCCUCCUAGCUGUGGAAGCUUGUGUCAGCAUCGCCCAGUUACUGUCCCAGGAGGACCUGGAGGCUCUGGUGAUGCCCGCACUCCGGCAGGCAGCGGAAGAUAAAUCUUGGAGGGUUCGCUACAUGGUGGCUGACAAGUUUUCAGAGCUCCAGAAAGCUGUGGGUCCUAAAAUCACCCUAAAUGACCUCAUCCCCGCCUUUCAGAACCUACUUAAAGACUGUGAAGCUGAAGUCCGAGCAGCUGCCGCCCACAAAGUGAAAGAACUUUGUGAGAACUUGCCCACUGAAGGUAGAGAGACCAUAAUUAUGAAUCAGAUUCUGCCCUAUAUAAAGGAAUUAGUAUCUGAUACAAAUCAACAUGUCAAAUCGGCUCUAGCUUCUGUAAUUAUGGGAUUGUCUACCAUUUUGGGAAAAGAGAAUACCAUCGAACACCUUCUACCUCUUUUUUUAGCUCAGUUAAAGGAUGAGUGUCCGGAAGUUCGUUUGAACAUCAUCUCUAACUUGGAUUGUGUGAACGAAGUGAUCGGGAUCCGUCAGCUCUCGCAGUCUCUCCUUCCUGCCAUCGUGGAGCUGGCUGAAGAUGCCAAGUGGAGGGUGCGGCUGGCCAUCAUCGAGUAUAUGCCCCUGCUGGCGGGCCAGCUGGGUGUGGAGUUCUUUGACGAAAAGCUGAAUUCUUUAUGUAUGGCCUGGCUGGUGGACCAUGUGUAUGCCAUCCGCGAAGCCGCCACCAACAACCUCAUGAAGCUCGUUCAGAAGUUUGGAACCGAGUGGGCCCAGAGCACCAUCGUUCCCAGAGUGCUGGUCAUGGCGAAUGAUCCCAAUUACUUGCACAGAAUGACCACUUUAUUCUGCAUUAACGCGCUGUCAGAAGCCUGCGGUCAGGAAAUCACCACGAAGCACAUGCUGCCCGUUGUGCUGAAAAUGGCAGGGGACCAAGUGGCGAAUGUCCGUUUCAAUGUAGCCAAAUCUCUUCAGAAAAUUGGACCCAUUCUGGAUACUGAUGCUUUGCGGGAGGAAGUGAAGCCAGUACUACAGAAGUUAGGCCAGGAUGAAGACAUGGACGUCAAGUACUUCGCACAGGAAGCCAUAAGUGUGCUUGCAUUGGCAUAAUGAGGAACAGGAGGGACAAGACUUUACUAAAUCCUUACCACAGAUUUCUAGUCAAUGUGCUCUUAUGCUGGGUGGAGAGAGCGUGGAAAACCUUCAAGACCUCAUCCAAGCAAAUGGCAGCAACUUACAAGAGAUCGAAUUUCAGUGACUUGAUCCUUUCUGAAGAUGAAAUGGGAUUGUUUUUCACUUGUCUUCAGUUUUGGGAUAAUUUAUUUAAUUCUUGUUUGUGACCAGUCCCUGACACUUGGUCAGUCAUAUGUUGAUUGUCUCCUAAUGAUUAUCCAGCACCAUCGGGGCUCACGCCUCCUCGCUGUUUAUGUUUAGUCAGGCGCUGGCCUCUUACCGUCUCCCACCAAGCCUGGAUGGGUUUGGACCCAGACAGGGAGUGGAGCGGUGUUCUUGGUGUUUACAUGUUAUCUGUCUGUGUGUGUCUCUCCACGAUUCCACAUUAGAUACACAUGAUGUGGGAUAACUUAUUGUAUGAACACUCUCUUUGGGAGCUGCGCCGAGAGGUCGUGUAGUGGGUGCCACAUUUUCCUGGCCACUGGCGAUCGGCAUUAGUGGCUCAUGUGAAUCGGGAGUAUGGCAGCUCGGGGUUCACGUGUUGGUUGUUUUUGGUUUUAUGUGCUUGCUUUUGGCUGUAAUCAUGUCCUUUGGAAACCUGAAAUACAGGUGUGUCUUGCUGCUGACGUGCGGUGUUGGGACCUCACUGAAUUUCAGUGGCUCAGCACCGGGACUGCCUUCAGACAUCGCCUCCUCCCUCCUUCCCUCCCCCCACCUCCUCUCCUGGUCUCCCCACCAGGAGACUUAAAACUUAGUGCCUCCUAAUAAGCAGUCGUUGUACUGCUUCAUUUUAAGAUUGCUGUUUUAUGUGUCUGCUGAGCAGGGCAACCACUGGUGGGCUUCUGGAAGGGUUUCCUGCCCCCUGCCUGGCUCCGCCUCCAGCUGCUGACAUCUGGCCCUUGCUGCCUCGUGCCGCUGGGGCUCCAGACCGAAGCUUCCUUACUGGCGUCUUGGUGCGGGCUAUGCUGGAGACUUAGCGUUUGCAAUGUUUGUUUUUCUGCUUUAUGGUAAAACCUCAUUAAUUUCUCCUGGAAUUUAAGAUGAUGAGCUAAGCCAAAGGAUUUGCUGGCGGAAAUUAAUAGUCUAUAAGGAAGCCCGUUGUAUCUGAACUACUUGAAUCAUUUUAAAAAGCACCCUUUAGCAGUUGAUAUGCCAAUUACUGGUCACUCUUUUUAGUUUUACUAAAAUACCUUCCAUGGGGAUUGUUAGAAGCUACCCCUUUCUUUUAGAUGUAUUCGUUUUACUCUUGAUCCCUGAAAUAUUUUAAGUAUGUUUUUCACGGAGAAUAUAACUACUUUUUCUUUUGGAUUUAUGUAUAUUUUUCAUCUACUCACACUCGCAUUGUUCCGAUGAAUUUUAGUUAAUUAAUGAAGCUUCACUGUAGCUUGUGUUUUGCUUCUUGGACGUUGCUGUGUGGUUUGCUUGUUUCCAUUUUGGUUGUUGAAUUGUUUUCUUUCACUCACAAGCUCUUGUAAACCCAGCGAGCCCUGUUCUGCUCUGUGAGGGCGAAGACUCACUGUAAAGCUCUGCACGCGAGACCGUUACGUUGGACCAAAUGCUUCCGGGUUUGUCAUAUCCUAGAGACACAGAACCUGACUCAGACGUUACUGCCUGCGUUCGCAACUGCCAGCCUACCUUCUGGGACGUUUCUAUUUUGUUACCUUUUGGGCAAGGAUCAGAUCUAUUCCUGGGCAAAAAAAUGUUCCUGCAUGCUCAUUUUAACGUCUUAAUGUUGAUGCUGUAAACAUUUAAUUUUAGUUUCAUAGUUUUUUGUUUGUUAUUCUCUCCGGGCUGUGUUCCGCUUCGGUGAGUUGCAUAUUUGAGAGGCUGUUUCAUGCUUAAAACAGACUCCACAGCUAUUGCUUCGCGCUUUGGUUGGGAAUGCCGUUGGUUUGGGGACAGACUUUUAAAUGCCUUUUAGAUGUGGUGUGUACUCUUAGGGGCCCUGAACUUUGGCCUCUCCCUCCAAGACUGGUCUAAAGGAGACAGGAGCCCUUGCUUUCUCAAGCAUGGGUCUGGGAGCUAGGCAGGGCUCUGUCAUUUUGGGUGACCCUUAGGGACUUGAUUGACUUUCUGAUUUAAGCAAUAGAGAAUCCCUUCUGUUACUCAGGGAAGCUGUUCUCUGGCUCAUAACUGGUCAUAAUGUCCGUUGAUUACUUUUCCUGUCUUGAUUUCAUUAGAAUGUCAGCUCCAGAAGCUCUGGAAGGGCAGAGAAUUUUGUCUGUUUUUUUGUCUUCUGCUGUAUCACCGGCACCUAGGUCAGUGUCUGGCGUACAUAGUAGGUGCUCAAUAAAAACAUGUUCACUGAAUUUCUAAAA